AUGCCGCUCCCAUCGACAGCAACGCCGUCGCGAGAUGGCCAUCGCCAGCCAGAAGCAGUGCAGACGCCCAAGGCUCAGACGGUCCCUGUGACGGAAUGGACCGUUCAGACACUUGCUAAUCAGCUCACAACCUUCAACCUGGAAGUUCGGAGGGACCACGCGCAGCUCGUCGCCCAUGCCAUUGAGUCUGCAAAGUGCAGAGAGUGGCGCACGCAUCAUGGCCUGGAUCUCUUUCGCGAGCUGGAGACGCAUCCCAAUCCGGAGAUCAAGGGCAAGCAAAUUAAAAUCAAAUUCAAGCACCACAACAAGAAUAAGAAGGAUCACAAGGACGUUCGCUACAACGUGAUUUGCAUCAAAACCAACAAGGACGCUGUUCCAUCUUACAGGUUCCACCAUGUGGAAAUCAAGAAGAACGUCUUGAUGCCCAACACCAUGCUAACAUUUGUUCCCCAUCUGCGCGAUCUUGAGGGCUCUGAAGAGGCCAAGUACAAUCUCUGGCUCAAAGAAUUGGAGGACAUUGAUCUCAAGUCGGGUUUCAAACCUAUGAACCGCGACGAAAAGUUUGUUGCCAUCAUCCAGGCCGAGCGCGCCGCGACUCUUUCGCUGUACCUGGAUAUGUGGCUCGAGAAGCUCAAUAUACCAUUCUGCAACAAAUCUACCCUGAUCAGCUACAUGGCAAGCCAGGCAUCGGAUGACGCCAUUACCCCCCAACAAAAGACGGAUAUUAUCAGAUCUCAAGGCGAUGGGAAGACCAUGACGCCAGAGGUACGCAGGGCGGCAGAGAUGUUUACUGCUGCAUUUCAGCUGGCAUUUAAGGAAAAUCAACCGCAGCUGAAGCAGGUUGAGUUGCGCAAGGUGCUGCUUCUCGACGAGUCUGUCGAUAGUGUCAUGGACAAUAAGCCGGCAGCCAAGGACGUCUCCAUCGUCCAGCAAGACAGCGAGGAUGAGGUUGUCGAGUCCAAUCUGGCCACAUAUUGCAUUUUGGGGUGUCUCAUUUGUUUCAGUCAUUCUUGUGAUCACGGCGAGUACGACCACCAAAAUUAUAAACGCACCUUUUCCUUGUCGUCCUGCGCGCCAUUGUCGGAUAUCUUGAAGAGGAAACGAACAGCGGCAGCAGGGGCUAGUAUGAUUUCUGACGUGCCUUGUCGGCGAAGGUGUUAUCGUCUUAAAAUCCCCCCCGACCCAAGUGAGGUGCUGAAACCGUGGACUGAAGAUGAGCGCACUCUCCUGCGGUCUCUAUAUAUUACGACUGAUUUCAGCAAAACUACCUUGGACCCCAUUUGUCUUGCGACUGAGUUCCUGAAUCGUAACUGCGAUGAGGUGCACGCGGAAUUUCAGUCCCUAAACAUUAACGUGUCUGAACCGGAACCCACGGAACCCAUGGAACCCACGGAACCCCCUCGACCGAAAAACAUAUGGUAUGAUCGGAAGCGGAAGAUGCUCCUCGGGGACUGGCAAGAUCAUACCAUUACUCACGAACAUCAGCGACGAGAAUUGCUCGAACCAUGCUCUCACGAUGGCCCAUGCGCUCCCAAAAUAUGCCCCUGUGUCGAUGCUAACGUUUUGUGCGAGAGAUUCUGUGGCUGCACAGACAAAAACUGCCACUACAAAUUCACAGGCUGUGCUUGUCAUUCUCAGGGCAAGACGUGUUUCUCCAAGCAAAAGGAAAAGCCAUGUAUAUGCGUGCAACUCAACCGCGAGUGUGAUCCGCAACUGUGCGGUUCAUGUGGCGCUUUUGAACGUGCAGAUCCGGCCAACGCUGAGGACGACUGGCUGCACUCUACAGGAUGCCAAAAUUGUGAUUUACAGCGUGGACGACACAAGACCCUCCUCCUCGGGCAAAGCCAACUUGAAGGGGUUGGUUAUGGGCUCUUCACUGCCGAGGACAUUGCUCAGGAUGAAUUCAUUGUCGAAUAUGUGGGAGAGCUGAUCACCCACGACGAGGGCGUCCGUCGGGAAGCCAGGCGUGGCGACGUGUUUGACGAAGAAUCCAAUAUAUCAUACGUAUUUACUCUGCUCGAAAACGAAGGCAUCUGGGUUGACGCCGCCAUCUACGGCAAUCUGAGUCGAUAUAUCAAUCACGCUUCGGAACAUGACACCAGAGGGUGCAACAUCACCCCGCGCAUUCUCUAUGUAAACGGUGAAUUCCGAAUCGAGUUUACCGCUCUCAGGGAUAUCAAAGCCGGAGAAGAGCUCUUCUUCAAUUACGGAGAAAACUUUCCCAAUCUUACUAAGAAACUGCUCGAUACUAAGUCUGGGGGGAAGUCAGACGGGUCUAGAAAGGCUGGCCGACCAAAGCGCGCCGAAACUGGUGAUCGAGUGGCACGCAAAGUGCCCAAGAUAGAGCACAAAAAGGUGGGAAGGCCAAAAUCGAAAAAGAAGAAGGAAACGACAGCGAGGACAACAACCACGACGGCAAGGACAACAACUACGACGACGACUACAACGACAACGACAACGAUGACGGAAGCAACGACAGUCUCGGAUGAAGAUUCUGCGGCUGUCCAGCAAAUGAUGGAAGAGGCUCAUGCUCGCAAGCGAAAGCGCCACACGCUGAUUGACUCAGAGGAGGAGGAAUACCACCCUCCCGGCACGGACGCAGUGCCGUUUGCAGCUGAAUCGGGCAUCGACUCCGAAGGGGGGGAACUUCUUGGUUCAAAGCGGCUUCGGAAAACAACGAGAUCACAGAGAGUCAAGGAACCCGAUACACCAACCCAGGCUGCGAAAGGAGAAGAGCCAAAACCGCGGGGCAAACGAGGAGGAGCCCGACCUGGCAGUGGGCGACCUAGAAAGCAUCCUCGAAUCAUCCAAAGGCCAAAAGAACCUUCCCAGCCUGUUCAGGUGGUUCAGCCUACUCAACCUGUUGAACAGUCUACUCAAGAAUCCCAGCUUGACGCAGAUGCCAACGUGCCAGCCCCCGUACAGCCUCCGUCAUCUGCACCGUCAACGCCGAAGCAGAACAGACCAAACCGCGGGCACGAACCUGAGGAUGCCAUUGAGAUUGAGGACAGCGAAGACGAGGAUGAUCAGGAUGACCAGGAUGACCAGGAUUUAGGCACCAGGAACAGAACGUCUAGGAAUAGACGGCUACCGGCGAAGUUUAGGGAGGAGGCAUAG